ACGUCCCUCCACUAGACGUAAUCCUCUCGGCAGGGAGGUCAUUCCCUAACGCUGGUGUUAUUCAUUCGGACGGAUGACAGCCAACUGUGGUUCCGAGUCUAAAUCGGGUAGCAAUUUGUGAAGUGUAGUUGGACGAUUUUUGAUUUCCGCCUGCUGCUGUUCCUGCUGGUACUUCUGGUGGUUGUUAAUGGCAACCGCAUCCACCAACCACGUUGAUUGGCGUUAAUAGACGCUAAUUGUUGUGCGCUGGCGGGCUGGCGGGUGGACGAGAACAAAAACGGUGACGGUGGAAGGUUGUGCAAUUGAUUCGCGCAUAUUGGGUGUUGUGAGUGAGAAAGGGGGGAGGGCCAUCGUCAGAUUGACAUAUGGGUCGGCGGAUACACACCGCAAACCAGUGAGCGAGUGCCGUAAGAAUAGCUGCUCGCUGUGGUCUUUUGCUUCAAGCGUGUGGCGCGUCACUGUGUAUUGCGACGUAGGUAAGCGUUCCGUUCGAUUAUCUGUUAAUGAAAAUUCGGUGUCUGAAACCUGUGCCACCGUCGUUCGUUGAGCGUGUGUGUGUGUGAGCGUUAACGAAGCAGAACCGAGAGACUACUUUCCUCACUUUCGUCGAGUGGUGUGAGGAGGACGUUGUUACGUAUCACCAAAUACAAGCAAGCGUGUGAUAGUGCUUGUGCUGGGACAAUAAGGGAAGAAAAAUGAAUCACCUACAAAUAUCUACCGAUCCGACCCUACUCGGGGCGGAUCUGUUACCGGAGUCGCUAACAACCUCACCCUCGGUAUCGACGUUUCUGCCCGAGGAGGACGCCUCGACGUGUUUGCUACUGCCGGAGACACCGAGUCCACCGUUGGAUUUUUCGCACCCACUUACACCGAGCAUGGGCAAUGCGACAGACAACCACGUCCGGGACUCGGUGACCGGGGACGAUGAUCAGGCCGCGGAAACGAGCAGCUCCUCUGGAAGUUCGGGCAUCGGAAUGGUUGCACCGGUCGGUGCUGGCGCUGGCAAUCUGUUCAGCCACAACAGUUAUCAGCAUCUGCGCAAGAAGAGUGACGUCGUAAAGGCGAGCCAGGACGGUUCGAUGCAUCAUGCGGCGAGUUUGGGGAUUGCCGUGACGAAAGACAUGCCCGGGUUUGUGCACUGGAACUGGCCCCUUAUACGGAAGUGUACGUUCUUCGUGUUUCUUGCGCUGAUCGUGGCGAUGGUUGGAAUUGUUGUUGCCAUGAUCGCCACCUUGCCAAAGUCCUGCAAUCCACCUGCGACAUGGUACAAAGGUUCGGUGUUCUACGAAGUUUUCCCCGCCAGUUUUCAGGACACAAACGACGACGGUCUCGGUGACAUCCGUGGUCUGAUUGGACGUGCCGAGUACUUCAAAGCGCUAGGCAUUGGAGCGGUUCGCUUGAACUCGAUCUUCCCCUCGAAGCACUAUCCGGAUCACUUCCAGGAGGUUACUUCACUGCUGGAUGUGGACGAAGUGCUUGGAAAGGUGGAGGACGUACAGAAGCUGGCGGCCACCCUACAUGAACGCAACAUCUCGCUUGUGUUGGACCUCCCGAUCCAUCCCUUCCUGGAGCAUCUUAGCCCACCGACGAUCGAUGUCGAUCGCUUACCGAAUCGCACGGAUGGUGAUAUGAUUACAAGCGAGUUCUUGCGACUGUCUCGAUCGGUCACAACCAAGGGCGAUGGAACGGUCAUCUCCGAUGUGCUCCGCUUCUGGCUAACGCGCACCGGUGUCGAUGGGUUCUACGUCAAGGGAUUGGAACACUUUGCCGAUGAUCCACUGUUGGUGGAGAACGUGAAGGAGUGGAAGUAUCUGCUUGGCCCCGACCGUAUACUGAUGGUGGGACAGAAGUUUGUCCAGCAGCUGCCAGAACGUACAGUGCGUGAUGUGCUCUCCCAGGUGGAUCUGGUCGAUGUGUUUCUGGAUGUGAGCAAUGGGACGGAUGGGAUUGCGUCCACAGUUCAGGAUGCCAUCCAGGGACGGUUGCUGCGUGGUGUUGAUCAUCCCUGGAUACACUGGAGCCUCGGGAGCGUCACCGAACGUAGGCUCGCUUCCGGUCUCAGCCCCAAUGCGACCCUUGCGGCAACACUGAUGGAACUUACGCUGCCCGGUACGCCCAGCAUCUUUUACGGAGAUGAAAUUUCUCUCGAGGAAGCGAACGAUCCGAAGGGCGAGCACGUCGAUACGCAACAUCUGCAUCAUCUGGCCGCGAUGGUUUGGGACAGUGCACAGAAUCAGUUUACCAGUCGUGGUUCGUUACCGUGGCUGCCACGAAGCGCUUCCGCCUCGCUCCACCAUCUGGAUUAUGUGAUUGAAGCGAUCGCACUUCGCAAACGAUCACCCUCGAUCUAUCUGAAUGCGGUUGUCAAGGAGGAACAGACGCUACCGAACACGGACGUGAAGUCGAACCAGAACGAGAUUCUCGUCAUCCAACGGUGGUACCCACGGCGAAACUCCUUUGCCACGAUUGCGAACAUGGGUCCGAAGCGUGUGUCGCUCGACUUGACGGCCAUGUUUUACAGUGGGGAGAUUGUUGCGGGAUCGUCGCUGAAGCACGAACGCGUCUACUUCGAUCGGUUCGAGAUAAACCCGCUGGAAACGAUAGUGGUAAAGCUACACAAAUAAAGUGGCCAACAGAAGCAUAUUGACUAGUAAAUGAUCCCUCCGCUGCUCAGUAGCGACCCAUCUCGAAACGAGCUGCUUCUUGGUCCCAUGAAUGUUAUAAGCGGUUGUAAAGCAACCCGACACUCCCAC